AUGUCUAUGAUUCUGAUGUUACUAAUUGGACUAUCAUUACUAGGUGUGUCGACAGCCUGGAAGAGUACAGAGGAAUUGUAUGAGUUGCAGACACAACUCGAAGGGAUCAGUACAAUAUCCCUUCUGGUCACUGUCAACGAUACCUGGGAUCCGAGAGGAUGCAUUGAGACCAUAAAAACUCCACCUAUAACUCUGGGGAAGCGAUUUCACAAUAUUGAGGUGGGAACAUGUGAUUAUGGAGCCAUUACUGUCAGUAUGGUGAAGGCUGGCAAUGGACGGGACGCUAUGAGUUUGGAUAUCAUGUUUGAAUCGCAUGUGAUUGUGGACGCUUCUCAUCCGGAAUGUCGAUUUAACUGGAAUGGAUCGUACUUAGUACCUACUGCAGAAAAUCCCAAAAAGUCUCUCCUCCCCGGAUGUUUUGUGAUGGACUCACGUGAAGGCUACCAUAUGACGUAUUAUUGGUUCCAUCUGCUGGACUGGAAUUUCGGUUAA